GAACUUUGAAUGGUGAUGUGAGCACGUGAUGUUCAUGAGCAGUGUCAGCUAUUUCUUGUACGCAACCAGACAUGCUGACUCAGCAACUUCGAGCGACAAUGUUCAAAAAUGUAAGAUGGUCCGUGCACACUGCAUCAAGAAAUUUGUCGCAGACGCGAUGUAAACGCGCAGAGCAAUGGGAACUCAUUCAAACGGCCCUACAACAUCCCACUACACACAAAACGUUUUGUUUGUCGUCUUUCUUGCCAAUCACUCUUGUAACUCCAAAGCAGAUAUCCAAGAGACCUUCAAACAUGCAGGCGCCGGUAGUAGUGAUGAGUAAGUCUGAAAGGGUUUGAAGCUCUUCUCCGCUACCCCUCAUCCUCAGAAAAUGGCGGGAACGCUGACUAUAGCUUUCAGACACCCAGAGUGGUGAUAGGCAGACUGGCCGAAAAGCCCAGAUGUCGAACAUUACCGCAGCCAAAACGUAAGAGCUCUUCACAGCACCUCUCGAGCACCCCGCCAUUUCAACAUUCAGAACUGAUAUACAACAGUGUUGCAGAUAUUAUUCGAUCAUGUUUAGGCCCCAAAGCGAUGCUGAAGAUGUUGCUAGAUCCUAUGGGAGGUAUAGUUUUGACAAAUGACGGGCAUGCGAUUCUUAGAGAAAUCGAAGUGUCACAUCCCGCCGCAAAGAGUAUGAUUGAGUUGAGCAGAACACAAGAUGAGGAAGUUGGAGAUGGAACUACUAGUGUUAUUAUUCUUGGUACGAAUACUCCUGGGAAUUCAAAAUAAUUCGGGCUGAUAUUUUCUAGCUGGUGAAAUUUUGGCACAAUCUCUCCCACAAUUAGAAAGAAAUAUCCACCCAGUUGUUAUUAUUUCCGCUUUCAAGGCUGCGCUGAAGGAUGCUCUCGAGAUUAUUGAAGAAAUUUCUCUUCCAGUCGACAUCAAUGAUGACAAGGCCAUGUACCAACUCAUCUCAUCCUCGAUCGGCACAAAAUUCGUUUCCAGAUGGUCUGAACUGAUGUGCAGCUUAGCACUCAAGGCUGUACGAACAGUAACCCACGAAAUUGGAGGUGGCAAGAAAGAGGUUGAUAUUAAGCGUUAUGCAAGAGUUGAGAAGAUUCCAGGCGGAGAAAUCGAGGACAGUAGAGUUUUGGACGGUGUUAUGCUGAACAAAGAUAUUACCCACCCGAAGAUGAGACGAAGAAUCGAGAAUCCAAGAAUUAUCUUAUUAGAUUGCACACUGGAAUACAAGAAGGGAGAAUCACAGACAAACAUCGAGAUUAGCAAAGAGGACGACUGGAAUAAGAUUUUGCAGAUUGAGGAGGAGCAGGUCAAGCUUAUGUGCGAUUCUAUUCUUGCUCUCAAGCCUGAUCUGGUUAUUACGGAGAAAGGUGUCUCUGGUAUGUUUGCUCGCCUGGUUCCUUUUUAUUUUUGACUCAUGAAUUUUAGAUCUCGCACAACAUUACUUGAUGAAGGGCAACGUUACCGCACUGCGUCGUGUCCGAAAAACAGACAACAACAGAAUAGCUCGUGCAACCGGCGCAACCGUCGUCAACAGAGUGGACGACCUGCAAGAAUCUGACGUUGGAACCCAGUGUGGUCUUUUUGAGAUCGAAAAGAUUGGUGAUGAAUACUUCACAUUUUUAACCAAAUGCAAAUCACCAAAGGCAUGCACUAUCUUAUUGAGAGGUCCAUCUAAAGAUAUCUUGAACGAAAUUGACAGAAACUUGGCCGAUGCCAUGGCGGUUGCACGAAAUGUUAUGUUCCAUCCCAGAUUAUCGCCUGGAGGAGGUGCUACUGAAAUGGCUGUGGCUGUCAGAUUGGGUCAACUCGCAAAGAGCAUUGAGGGUGUACAGCAAUGGCCAUACAAGGCUGUAGCUGAAGCUAUGGAAGUCAUUCCAAGAACUUUGAUUCAAAACGCUGGACAAAGUCCGGUUAGAGUUCUCACUGCACUGAGAGCAAAGCAUGCCGAAGGUGGAAGUUCAUGGGGUAUUGACGGUGACAAGGGUACUUUGGUUGAUAUGAAUGAGUACGGUGUUUGGGAGCCAGAGGCUGUCAAAUUACAAAGUAUCAAGACUGCAGUUGAGGUAUGUGAUUCUAUGCUUGUCAAUUUGCAAACGCUUGUAGCUAAUUUAUUUCAGUCUGCCUGCCUUCUCCUGAGGGUUGAUGAUAUUUGCAGCGCGAAGGCGGCAAGAGCACCAGGCGCACCUGGUGGUGGGGAGGAAUAAAUCUUCAAAUGUUAGUGUAUAAAAAAAAAGCGAUGUUGAUAUGGUUGAGCAUACCCUUGUAACCAUAGCAUAGAGCUCACAGUUCAUGAAUGUUUGUUCAUGCUCAUGGCAAACGAAUAGAAAUCAAGCCAAUACACCCAAUCUGGUC